CCACCCCCUCUCAGAGUGUCACGCUGAGGCAGUUGGUUCGCUCCGCCGUGUCUGGGGCUCAGGGAGAGCUGUGAGAGGCUGUUAUUUAGGUCUGUUACAGCAGACAGGGAGCAGCUAACCCGAGAGCAGGGGGAGAGUGGAGAGUCCGAGUCACGCUCAGCUCUGCUCAGCUCAGGCACAAACCAGAGCUGCAUUCCAGCUGAGAGGGGAAACUCCAGCACCGGCAGGAAAAGACAGCAGAGGGAGAGAGAGACAGUGACAGCAGGAGAUAAGUGAAGGGAGGGAAGGGAAGGCGGCAUAUCCAGUUAGCUGUUGCUGCCACUGAAUGUUGUUGUCACUGUUUGAGUGAGUGACGUGAGCAGCGAAAGCAGGGCAGGACGCAGGCAGGGACUGAGGACUCGUAGUGAUUUUUGCCGAGGGUGGGGGGGUGCCAUGUUCGACUGUAUGGAGGCUCUGGGAAUGGGCCCCCGUCAGCUGUAUGAUGUCACCAGCCGUGGUGCGUGCAUGCUGCGGAAGGCGAGCCCCUUCUUUGCGGGGCUGGACCCCUUCGCUUGGACAGGCAGUGCCAGCCUUCAGUCGGUGGAGACCCAGAGCACCAGCUCAGAGGAGAUGGUACCGAGUUCUCCCUCUCCACCUCCUCCACCUCGUGUCUACAAGCCCUGCUUCGUGUGCCAGGACAAGUCCUCAGGGUAUCACUAUGGGGUCAGCUCCUGCGAGGGCUGCAAGGGUUUUUUCCGGCGCAGUAUCCAGAAGAACAUGGUGUACACCUGCCACAGAGAUAAGAACUGUCAGAUUAACAAAGUCACACGUAACCGCUGCCAGUACUGCAGGCUGCAGAAGUGUUUUGAAGUCGGCAUGUCCAAGGAAGCGGUGCGUAAUGACAGAAACAAGAAGAAAAAGGAUGUGAAGGAAGAGGUUGUGCUUCCAGAGAGCUAUGAACUAAGUGGCGAAUUGGAAGAGCUGGUCAAUAAAGUCAGCAAAGCCCACCAAGAAACCUUCCCAUCACUUUGCCAACUUGGCAAAUACACCACCAACUCUAGCUCAGAUCACCGUGUCCAGCUGGACCUGGGUCUAUGGGACAAGUUCAGUGAGCUCUCCACCAAAUGCAUCAUCAAGAUUGUGGAAUUUGCCAAGCGGCUGCCAGGUUUUACCACCCUUACCAUCGCUGACCAGAUCACUCUACUCAAGUCGGCCUGUCUGGACAUACUGAUGCUGAGGAUCUGCACACGCUACACUCCUGAACAGGACACUAUGACCUUCUCAGAUGGCCUGACUCUUAAUCGGACUCAGAUGCACAACGCUGGCUUUGGACCACUCACAGAUCUGGUGUUUGCCUUUGCCGGCCAGCUCUUACCCCUGGAGAUGGAUGACACAGAGACGGGCCUCCUUAGUGCCAUCUGCCUCAUCUGUGGAGACCGUAUGGAUCUAGAGGAGCCUCAGAAAGUGGAUAAGCUGCAAGAACCUUUACUUGAGGCGCUAAAGAUCUACGCACGGCGCCGCCGCCCCAACAAGCCCCACAUGUUCCCUCGCAUGCUGAUGAAGAUCACUGACCUUAGGGGCAUCAGCACCAAGGGCGCAGAGAGAGCCAUCACUCUGAAGAUGGAGAUCCCAGGGCCAAUGCCUCCUUUGAUCAGGGAGAUGCUCGAGAACCCAGAGGCCUUCGACGACCAAACAGAGUCCAAUGAGAGCCCGCCGCCGCCCCCUCCUCCACCACCUCCACCUCCAGCACUGGUUCUGAAGCAGGAAGCCGAGGACGAGGACGACAGCUGGGCCACGGAGAACGGCAGCGAGCCGUCGCCGGAAGAGGAGGAUGAGGACGAUGACGACGAUGUGGGGGACGAAGAACGAGACAGAGGCUCGGACAGUGACGGGGAGCCCUGGGGGGUCCUGGAAGCUAUAGAUGGGUCGAGGAAAGGCCUUGUUGGGAGGGCACAGUGAACAGAACAGAACAGAGCAAUUUUUUCUACCAACGCAGACAUACACAAGCAGAUUUACAGGCAUACACAGAAACACAUGCAGACAUAAAAUGAGACAAAACAACACAGUUUCACCUCAAGAAAAUGCUGGCCUUUCCUUCCCCCUUCCUCUCUCCUUACUGCACAUCAUUGUGUCUCUGCAGUGGAGCACAGCAGAGUGUUAUGUGUACAGACACUCCUAACUCAGGCCACAUGGUCCAUGACAAGUGAACUACAGAAACAAGUAAAGGAGAGAUGACAGUAAACCAUAAGAACUCCUGGCGUAGCCAAGAGCGGAGUUAACUUGACAAAAAGAACAUAACCUCUUUGAGAAAGCUAAAUGUUUCUUUUUUUUUUUUUUCCACUGUUGUCGUUUAUAUCUAAAUAGGGGAACGGCCAAACCAGAUACCAGAAGUGAGCAGUUGAUGCUGAUGGAUUACAACAAGCACAUUUCUCAAAAGAAAACAAUAGUACAGGGCAAAACCAAAUGAGUAUGCUAAUCUUUGUUUUUGUGGUUAUUGCAUUUGAAUAUUGUUUUCCAGUUUUUUCCUUUUUUCAAUUUAUGAAUUAAGUCCAUACAUAUCUAUAUACCAUUAUAUUUUUGUCUUUAUUUGUUAUUCUGGUUUUAUAUAUGAAUCCUUUAGACAAGUUUUUUUUUCUUUGAAGAGCUUUCCCGAGAAGAUAUUCAGAGGGAAAGAAGGGUAAUCAGAACUGGCUGGGUCUUCCUUAACAGCUACAUAUGCUUAGCUGGGGCUUUUAUGGGCACUUUGGCUCAUUGUGGAUGUCAAUGAUAAUCAACCUAGAGGUCUAUUGUUUUGUUACAGUGACUUAAUUAGUUUCUGUUAUCAGGGAAUUGGCAUUAUUCUGUUUUGCUCUCUUUGCAGCCAACAUAUGCUGUCACUGCAGAAAAGUACGUACCUUUGUGCCAAAGUUAGGAAAAGUCAUCUUCGGAGCAUGAGAUUGACUACUGGCAGGGACUCCAGCCAUGAUCCAAUCUGUACAAUCCUUACAGCAGAGCGCUCACUCACACACAUGCACUAAUGACAAGACACGCCCCCAAGAAAAAAAAAAAAUCAUGCACAGUUUAUUUACACCAACACACUCCUUUCACUCUACUCUCAGUUGGAACAGAUGUACCGACCCGGCAUCGAGCGCCCGGACAGAGAUUUACACUUGACCGUAUAUGUAGCACUUUUGUGAUCCUGUAUUCAAGUACGGUGCAUCUCAUCCACUGAGAGUAGACGUUCUAUCUCCAUUAACAUGUCCAACAUAUAUACAAUCAAACUUAGAGCACUCCCCGAUGAUGUCAGUAGACAAAUACACACACACACAAAUGCACACUUUCAGCACAGACAGAAAUCUUCCAUACAUAGUAGCGACAUUAUGCAUCAACACAAUGAACAAAGACAUUAUGCAAGUGGAAAGCAGGAAUCUUUAUGGAGGACAUUUUGGAAUCAGACUCAGGGCUUUUCAGUGAGGACCAAACCCUAGCUGCUUGCAGGCAUGCUAGAAACAGGCAAUAUUUAUGUGUGUAUUCAGUUUUGAUCAGCUCAACAACCCUUUUUUUGUGUACAUAGAAGGUGAUUAGUCUGAAGAACAGCAUGGAUGCUAGUUUGACUCUCCCACGGGGGCAAAAAUCAUCAGCUCUGCCCUGCCUGAGUUCAUGCUGGCAUCCAUGCAGCAAACUGCCUUCUCAUCCCAAAAGCCAUUAUAUCAUCUUGUCUUCUUGUGUAUAUCCCCACUUCUUUUAAAAGGAGCUGUGGAGGAUUAUGUGUUCUCAUGUAUCAUUUCUUUAUUGCCAAAACGUCUCACCAGGCAAUCGGCUGGGAAAGCGCAGCUGAUAUACAGAGGUUUUUUCUGUCUCUCUUUGAAGCAAUAUGAACUUCAUUUCUGUAGCGAUGAGAGGUCCCAUCUCUGAACAUGGGCAGGUCUCCUCAUUUUGAGUGUGUGAGUGUUUGUGUGUGUGUGAGAGAGUGAACGCUGUUACAUGUUUUUAGUCAUCGGGUGAAUGUCUUUGUAUGGUGCUGUCACACAAAAACUCUUGUGUGAUAACCUCAUCCCUUCUCUCUGCCACCGGCGGAUCAUUGAGAUUAUGUUGUAUUGUUUUUUUUUUUUGUUAGUUCUUUCAACAUGGCCAAGGUGUUGUUAACCCUCUGUUUAUGUCAACUCUUGUCAUACAAAGAAAAGCCAUAUAAACAGUAAGAGGCACAAUAAACUACUUUUGUGAGA